AUGGCAUCCGCAAUCGCAACCAUCGCACACGCAGCACACAACGUCGCCUCUUCCCUUAUCGCAGACGCCCAGAUCCAGCCAGGCGCCGUCAUCCCCGCUCAGGAGAUCAAGGAAGAUGCACCGGACAAGACGUCCGCUUUGGUCUUGACUGGAAAGAAUAUCAUCAUCGGCGUUCCGGGCGCGUUCACUACGCCUUGCAAUGCUCACAUCCCGGCGUACAUUGAGACCUAUGAGGAGUUCAAAAAUAAGGGGAUCAAUGAGAUUUAUGUGGUUGGCGUGAAUGAUGUGUUCGUGACCAAUGACUUCUCAAAAAUAUUCGAAGACGAUUAUUUAUCUCCCUUCAAAUAUGUAGCCAUCCAUUUCAUCGCCGACGAUAAAGCGGCUUUCAUUGGUUCGUUGGGACUCCUUUUCGACGCGACGCCUCUUCUUGGAGGCCAGAGGUCCAAGCGAUUCGUGAUCGUGACGGAGGGAGAUAAAGUCCUCAGCGUUGCGGUUGAAGUUGCUCCCCCCGACGUGACGAUUACUGCAGCCAAAGCCGUUCUUGCUCAAUUAUAA